CCGAAAUCGCCGAGUUUUAUGUUAUUGUUGAUCGUAAUGAAGACGUUUUCACAUUUUAAAUCACGAUGAGCGAUCUCCAAAUCAUGAAGAUAUUUUACAGCGGCCACCAUUUGCCUAAAGAAAUUAUUGUUUUCGUUUAAUAGCUAUAGUUGUAUUAAAUAUUGCGUCAGAAACUGAAAGAAUUCUGUUGGCGUCUAUUUUUAAGAAAUAUUUCGCCACGUGCUCUAAACAUUUUUUCUCGCGCAACCUCACGUUUAUAUUGCAGAAGAUAUAUCCCAAAAAAAUCCGUUAGUACUUUAGGUUGAAAUCGUAACAAAUUCGACUCGUUUUAAUUAAAAACGUUUCGAACGCCAUGGAGUUCGCAGUGGGUGGUUUAGCGGCUGUUGGAGCCGGCUUUUUCACAAACCCUUUAGAAGUAAUCAAAAUACGAAUGCAACUUCAAGGAGAAUUAGCUGCCAAGGGCAAGUAUACAACACAAUACAAAAACUUUGUCCACGCCGCUUACGUCAUAGCGAAACACGACGGAAUCGUAGCCUUGCAAUCCGGGUUAGCGUCAGCUUUAUGGUUUCAAUUCUUUUUAAACGGAGUUCGAUUAGGAACUUACGAUGUAAUUGCAAAAAUGGGUUUCAUCCGUAAUAAAAACGGCGAUUUGGUUUUAUAUAAAAGUGUUUUAGCGAGCAGUUUCGCUGGGGUGGUUGGUAGUCUUGCGGGAAGCCCAUUUUUCUUGGUAAAAACACACAUUCAAGCACAAUCAUCGAAAGAAAUCGCGUUUGGACAUCAACAUAAUCAUGAAUCUACUAUUAAAGCAUUUGUUAAUAUCUACAAACAACAAGGAAUAAAAGGUCUUUUUAGAGGAUCAACAUCAUCAAUCCCAAGAGGAAUCGUUGGAUCUGCAGCACAAUUGGUUUCUUUUGAUUAUGCAAAACAACUCCUAAAGAAAAACGAUUAUUUCAAUAACUAUCCGUUAUUGCAAAUUUUUAUGGCCAGUAUGAUUGGAGGGAUUAAUCUAACAUUGCUUUUCACCCCUUUUGAUUUGAUAAGCACGCGUUUAUACAACCAAGGGGUUGACGCGAACGGAAAAGGGCUCUUGUACAGUGGAUAUGGAGAUUGUGUGAAAAAAAUAUUCAAAUCCGAAGGAUUUUUAGGAUUUUAUAAAGGAAUAGGACCCCAAUAUGUUCGAAUUGGACCUCAUACAGUGUUGUGUUUGGUGUUUUGGGAUGAAUUAAAAAUGAUCCAUUCUAAAUGGAAAUCAUGAGUAAACAAGAAAUUUUUUCUCUCUGUGUUCGUAUACAUACAAAAGAUUUUCUGGUGUUCUAAAUAAAUAAAUUUUUAAACAA